UUAAUUUGGGCUUGUGUGAAGUCCUGAGCCCGCCCACCGACCCCCCGGCCUCGGGACGGUGAGACAUAUUUAAGGACCCUCUCACACCCCGGCUCCUUUGUCCCAGUGGAAACUCCAGUCUUGUGGUUACAACUUGCAGGCCAGCCCAAACCAGACCAAACAUGUGCGACGACGAUGAGACCACCGCCCUGGUGUGCGACAAUGGCUCUGGCCUGGUCAAGGCUGGGUUCGCCGGUGAUGACGCUCCCCGCGCCGUCUUCCCGUCCAUUGUUGGACGCCCCCGUCACCAGGGCGUGAUGGUGGGUAUGGGUCAGAAGGACAGCUACGUGGGUGAUGAGGCCCAGAGCAAGAGAGGUAUCUUGACUCUGAAGUACCCCAUCGAGCACGGCAUCAUCACCAACUGGGACGACAUGGAGAAGAUCUGGCACCACACCUUCUACAACGAGCUCCGUGUGGCCCCAGAGGAGCACCCCACCCUGCUGACCGAGGCCCCCCUCAACCCCAAGGCCAACAGGGAGAAGAUGACCCAGAUCAUGUUUGAGACCUUCAACGUCCCCGCCAUGUACGUCGCCAUCCAGGCCGUGCUGUCCCUGUACGCCUCCGGUCGUACCACCGGUAUCGUGCUGGACUCCGGCGAUGGUGUGACCCACAACGUGCCCAUCUAUGAGGGCUACGCUCUGCCCCACGCCAUCAUGCGUCUGGAUCUGGCCGGUCGCGACCUGACUGACUACCUGAUGAAGAUCCUGACUGAGCGCGGCUACUCCUUCGUCACAACUGCUGAGCGUGAGAUCGUGCGUGACAUCAAGGAGAAGCUGUGCUACGUCGCUCUGGACUUUGAGAAUGAAAUGGCCACCGCCGCCUCCUCCUCCUCCCUGGAGAAGAGCUACGAGCUGCCCGACGGUCAGGUCAUCACCAUCGGCAACGAGCGUUUCCGCUGCCCCGAGACCCUGUUCCAGCCUUCCUUCAUCGGUAUGGAGUCUGCUGGUAUCCAUGAGACGGCAUACAACAGCAUCAUGAAGUGUGACAUCGACAUCCGUAAGGACCUGUACGCCAACAACGUGCUGUCCGGCGGUACCACCAUGUACCCUGGUAUUGCUGACCGUAUGCAGAAGGAGAUCACCGCCCUGGCCCCCAGCACCAUGAAGAUCAAGAUCAUCGCUCCCCCUGAGAGGAAAUACUCCGUCUGGAUCGGCGGCUCCAUCCUGGCUUCUCUGUCCACCUUCCAGCAGAUGUGGAUCAGCAAGCAGGAGUACGAUGAGGCUGGUCCCUCCAUCGUCCACAGGAAGUGCUUCUAAAUCUCCAACUGACGCCAAAAAAGAAAGAAAAAAAAACUCUAACACCAACCACACCAGCUUUCAUUCUGCAUCCAUAUUUCUAUUGUUCCUUUUGUUGUAUAUACAUGUAAUGUUGUAAUAAAAAUAGUUGCUUUUAACAGUAA